ACAUUAAAGUCCACAACAAAAUAAAAUUUACAUUAAAGAAAAAAAAAAGGAACAAGAUGAUGAUGAGAGACAGGCGUGUUUGAUCACUGAGAAAAUGCUUUUGAGUAGAGAGAGAAACAGAAUAUUUGCAGAGAAAUAGGCUAAAAAGCAUGCAAAUUUUUGUAGACCCACAUCACAAAAAUAAUCAUCAAAAGCAUAUAUUAUAUAGUUUUUGCUUAUAUAGAUACACAUUAACCUAAGUCCCCAUAACUUACAACUUUUUUGUUAUCUGGUUCCCUUAAUGCUUAACACUUGAAUUCUUUCUCAAUGAUUUUACUGCAGGAAUUUCAAAACUAGGAGAUUAUAAUUUGAGAUGGUAAGUUUUUUUUUUGAUGUGGGUGUGUCAAAGUUGUAAUCUUUUUGGUUGUAUUUAAUGUGUUUUUGUUUGGGAUUUGAUCUGUUUUUAGAUAUGUAUAAUGUAUGUUUUUUUUUGUAGGGAUCUAUGCUUGAAAUUUUGAAAAGAUUUUUUCUUUUUGUUUUUCUUGGAAUUUACAAGAUUGUUUAGUUUUGCCAUGUUUAUGAGUUUACUUGAAAUUAAAUUUUAGGUUGGUGAAUCUUGAAAAAGCAAUAAAUUUUAGGUUGGAAAUCCUAGGAUUAAAGACCACAUCUUUCCAUUUUUCAUAUGAUAAAUUAGAGUUGUUUUAGCUUGUUCUUAAACAUGGCUGAAAUUAGAUUAGCUAGAGUAGAACAAGGCCAAACCAAAAUUAGAAAUGUCCCAAUUGCUGUAACACCAGAAGGUUUUUGGUGUUGCCCUUCUCCUGUUGUGUUUCAAAAGACAGUUAAGAAUCAAAAUCCUUUAAACAAAACUAAACCCUCCUCACCGCCACCACCUAAGGCUACAGUCCCGAAGAAACAAGCCUCGUCGGAUGAGAGAAAGCCGGCUCCUGCGUCCUUUAGACCGGGAGUUGGUGCUGAUGAUCAGCGCAAUUGCGGUUCUGAUACUCCUAGUGUUAGUGCUUCUGCUGUUAAUGAGAGAGCGCCGAGGCCUAAAAUUGAAAGUGCCCCGAGGAAAGUGGCGAUUGAAUUUGGGGAACCUGGAACUAGUGAUUUGAAGGUGAUCUUACUUGGAAAGCAAGGGUUCUGUGUAAAGCUGAGUGUUCACAGGAAUGUCUUAGUGGAGAACAGUAGCUUUUUUGCUGAUAAACUUUCUAAUAAGGAGCCUGAUAUCUCUUGCCUUGAGAUUGAUGAUUGUGAAGAUGUUGAGAUAUAUGUUGAAACUGUGGGGCUUAUGUAUUGCAAGGACGUGAAGCAGCGGUUAAUCAAGCAAAGUGUCUCGCGCGUUCUUCGGAUUAUCAAGGUUGCCGAAUUUCUUGGCUACAACUCAUGUAUCCAGUCAAGCUUGGAAUAUCUGGAAGCUGUCCCGUGGGUUGGGGAAGAAGAGGAAGAAAAGGUAGUAUCUUCAGUUAUACGACUCCGGAAUGAAGGAGUUGGAGUCACUCCAGUUUUAAAACGAAUCUCGUCUGAUGCCAAUCCUCCUAAAGAGACACUCUCCCACAUAAUGGAACUUGUUCUUAAAAGUAACGAGGAAAGAGGUCGCCGAGAAAUGAAAUCUGUAGUACUGAAGCUCCUACGGGAGAAGAACAGUCUUCCGAGUUAUGCGGGUCCAACUGACAUCUGCAACGAAACCAUCUACAGCUCAUGUAGAAGUUGCUUGAAUUCUCUUUUAUCUUCGUUCAGACAAGCUUCUGAACCGGAGUUUGCAGAUAACUCCAUGGACGGUAGGGAACCGGUGGUGAAACUAAUAGCUCUUGAAGCUGAUAAUAUGACGUGGUUGCUCGAGAUUUUAGCCGACAGGCAAGCAGCUGACGAGUUUGCUUUAAUUUGGGCUAGCCAGCAGGAGUUGGCAACCUUGCAUGCGAAAUUGGCUAUAGUCUCUCGCUACCAUGUUAGCUGCAUUACGGCAAGAUUAUUUGUCGGAAUUGGAAAGGGGGAGCUGCUACCUUCGAAGGAUACACGCCACCUGCUGUUACAAACAUGGUUGCAGCCAUUGAUAAACGACUACAAUUGGUUACAACAUGGUUGCCGGUCAUUUGAUAGGAAGGCAGUGGAGGAAGGCAUCGGAAGGACAAUUCUGACUCUACCUUUGGAGAAUCAGCAGAGUAUUUUGCUAACUUGGUUGGGCAGUUUUCUGAAAGCUGGUGAUAAUUGCCCCAAUCUCCAGAGAGCCUUCGAGGUCUGGUGGCGGAGGACUUUCAUCAGACCGUACGUCGAAACACAAGGUAAUAAUUUACUCCAGUCCGAAAGCUCAACAACAUCAAAGCAAUAAACCAAGUGAGUCACUCGUCUUUUACGACAAGCAGGCAUAAUCUCUGAUUUAGCAAGAGCUAACAGGGUACAAAUUCCGAGGCAAAACAGUUGAUAAUAUCGAUGCUAGUACCGGUUUACAGGCCUGUAAAAUUCUUUUCAGCUGAUGGAUAUGGGUAGAUCAGUGCUUGAUGUAAGAAAUUAAUGAAAAGAAAAUUGAAUUUGAAGUUACUUCUGUUAGUAUAUCUAUAAUUUUCCAUCCAA